AUGGCAUUACUUUCGGACAACAAUUAUUAUUUGAAAAAGUUAAUAUUUGCCUCAAAUUUAAUUUACAUUUCUAGGAUCUUAAAUUAUUUAAAAGAUGCUUAUUUUUACUACAAUAAUAUGAUGAUAGAACCAGGUUACAAAUCUUUGAUAGUGGUUAUUAUUUACAACAUUUGUGAUGAUGUUCAUUGGGAUGAUUUUGUUGGGGACUCACAAUUUCUAAGAAUUUAUUUACUUAUUAAAUAUGGUGAAGAUACAAAACUUGUAGUGGAAGACAAUACGCGA